AAAGCAAACAGCAUGAAUGAUUGAAAAACAGAGCCGCGGGCUGUGGCUCUACUAGAUCAGGGCAUUUCCCAUGGCGGACGAAAAGCAAGAGAAAACAGAAUGCCGAUGGCACGACGGGUGAAUGGAUGGGUGACAUGCGAUGCCGAACUUACUCUCCAGCAAUGGCAAUAUACACAUAUGCACCCACYAAAUCACGAACCCGCAAGGAUACAUUAAUCGCAGACAGCACAAGCAGAACAGGAAAUGGCGAACGACGGAAUCUAUCAUCCUCGCCGCCGUUCGUGCCACCAUCCAAGAACUAAUUCGGUAUGUUCUUUGUCUGGUUCUUUCUGUACUCAAGUUUGGUCUGGCGCUACAGUUUCAUCGUGUCAUUUUCGUUAGCACAAUUAUCUAUUUUUGCCGUAGACAGGACGACACUCGUUUUAUAAACAACUAUUGGAGCUGUCUGAAUUAUUCUGUCGUCCAAGACAAAAUAUUGCUGUUACGUUUCUGUCGGAUCUACGGCAUACGACAAUGACCAAGGGUGCUAUCGAUUUGACACGGAACAAAACACGGUGAUCAUGAUGCUCGUACCGAACCCACAAUAAAAUCAUAGUAAACUUACCCUACCUGUCGCCAUCGCUCCUGCUUUUUUGCUACAUGCAGCAUGUAUUUCUUUGUGAAGAAUGUGAACGGUACCAGUGGAAACAAUGAAGAUAACCACCAUCAAAUUCAUUUCGGUGGAAAGGAUUGAAAAAGCAACACGACAGGAGACAAACACCGACUACUGCACAAACCCCUUUCCUCGGUAUUGUCUAGCGAAACCAAUUUGACCGACUYAUGUAUAAGAUGAAUSCUUCUUUCUAACCGUGCACUCAAAGUCAAAACGAUCGUUCUCUGGGCAAGACAUUUGGCGAAGCAAAAMAAGAAGAAAAUGGGACAGGGUAUCCGCCACAUGGAUGGAUAUGAAUAUAGAAUUUUAAAAAUA